AUGUAUGGUUACAACACUCAUAUUGCUAGAGAAUUAAAAUCUGAUUUAUGGAUUGAAGAACAUGUUUCGGGUGGAUUAAAUGUGUAUACAAAUGGUUUUAAUCAUUAUGAUAAUAAUGAACCAUUACGAAUUCUUUUGUUUGCUGACAAUUUUCCAUCAUUUACAAGUGGUAUAACACGUCGAUUUAGAGAAAUUAUAAGACGUUUAGCUGAACACCACCAUCAUAUUCAUGUUAUAACUGGUUGUAGUAAUGCUCUUUCAUGGGUCAAAGGAAAUGAAUUACUUGAAAAAUAUGUAACAUUUUCAACUUUACCAUCAACAGAUUUUAAAAAUAAAAUUGAUUGUGGUUGUCCAUUUCUUUUUCCUAGUCCGACGAUUUAUUCUAUAAUUCGUCGAUUUUCACCUGAUGUUGUUCAUAUUGUUGAACAAACUCCUGGAGCAAUACUUUGUGGUAUAUUUUCUAAAGUACUUAAUAUUCCUAUAGUUUGGUCAUCACAUACAAAUGUAGACUCUUAUGUAUCAACAUAUAUUCGUAGAGGAGCUAUAACAAUGAUAAGACGUUUUUAUCAAUUUAUACGUUUAAAUUAUUUAUCAUAUUCAACAAUUAAUUUAACUGUUAGUAGAGAUUUUGCUGAUUUUAUGGAACAUACUGGUGUUCCACGUCCUGUUAUUGUUUGGAAAACAGGUGUUGAUUCCGAAUUAUUUAAUCCAACACGAUAUUCACGUGAAAUGCGUUAUCGUAUGUUUGGUACAUAUAAUAAUUUUACUGAAGAACAAAUGGAUUCAAUGACAUUAUUUUUAUGUGUUGGUCGUAUAUCAGCAGAAAAAAAUUUUGAAUUUUUAUCACUUCUAUUAAAACGUAUUCCAAGUGAAAUAUUCUUAUGUAUUAUAGGUGAUGGUCCAUUUCGUAAUACAGUUGAACCAUUAUUUCCUAAAGAUCGUGUUUAUUUUUUUGGUUAUCUUGCUGGUGAAGAAUUAGCAAGUGCAUAUGCAAGUGCUGAUUAUUUUAUAUAUGCAUCUGUUAGUGAAACAUUUGGACAAGUUUAUUUGGAAGCUAUGGCUAGUGGUAUACCUAUUGUAGCAGCUGAAGGUGGACAAUUAAAAGAAUUUCUUAUUAAUGGUGAACAUGGUUAUUUAUGGGAACCGAAUAAUUUAGAUUCAGCUGAAAAAGCCAUACGUUUAGUUAUGAAAAAUCGAAAUUCUUUAUCAACGAAAGCACGACAACAAGCAUUAAAACAUUCAUGGAAUGCAGCUCGUGAUCAAUUGAAUGAUAUUUAUUAUGAAGCUAUUAAAAAACAUAAUAAUAAACAAGAAAAUAAAAAUAAAAAUAUGAAUAAAUUAAAACUUAUAUGGAAUGUAUGUUAUUCUUUUACUAUAUGGUUAUUUGGUCUUUUAGUUGUAUUAUUGUUAUUGGCACUAUUUGUUCGAGUUUCUUCACCGCAAUCGAUUGCCCCAAAAAAACAUAAUAAGAAUUCUCUUGAGAAAAAAAAACAUAAUUCUAUAAUGACAAAGAAAUUAUCAUUUUCUUGA